AUGGGUGCUCUUGCGCUUUCCGAAGUCGAAAGCGUUGUUAACAGAUUUUAUUUCCAACUGAAGAGUUCCUUCUUGGUGCUAAAGAUCAUUGAUUUUAUUACAGGAGAUGGCAAAACAGAACAAAAACCUGGUGAGAAAAAGAGGGGCGUCAAGAGACCACGUGAAGACCACGGCCGAGGAUAUUUUGAAUACAUUGAAGAAAAUAAGUACAGCAGGGCCAAGUCCCCUCAACCACCCGUUGAAGAAGAAGAUGAACAUUUUGAUGACACAGUGGUGUGUCUCGAUACCUAUAACUGUGACCUGCAUUUUAAAAUCUCAAGAGACCGGUUUAGUGCUUCCUCACUGACCAUGGAAAGCUUUGCUUUCCUUUGGGCUGGGGGGAGAGCUUCCUAUGGAGUUUCUAAAGGCAAAGUCUGCUUUGAGAUGAAGGUUACAGAAAAGAUUCCUGUUAAACACCUGUAUACAAAAGACAUUGAUAUACAUGAGGUGCGAGUUGGCUGGUCACUGAACACAAGUGGAAUGUUGCUUGGUGAAGAAGAAUUUUCUUACGGAUAUUCUCUAAAAGGAAUAAAGACAUGCAAUUGUGAGACUGAAGACUUUGGUGAGAAGUUUGAUGAAAAUGAUGUGAUUGGAUGUUUUGCUAAUUUUGAUGGUGAUGAAGUGGAGCUCUCAUAUUCCAAGAACGGACAAGAGCUUGGUGUUGCAUUCAAAAUUAGUAAGGAAGUUCUUGAUGGGCGCCCGCUCUUUCCACAUGUUCUCUGCCAUAACUGUGCAGUUGAGUUCAACUUCGGUCAGAAAGAUGAACCUUACUUUCCUGUACCUGAAGAGUAUACCUUCAUCCAGAAGGUCCCCCUGGAAGAUCGGGUUCGAGGACCAAAGGGACCUGAGCAAAAGAAAGAUUGUGAGGUGGUGAUGAUGAUUGGAUUGCCUGGAGCUGGCAAGACUACAUGGGUAACUAAACAUGCAGCAGCAAAUCCUGGGAAAUACAACAUUCUUGGGACUAAUACUAUUAUGGACAAAAUGAUGGUUGCAGGUUUUAAACGGCAGAUGGCAGACACUGGGAAACUGAACACACUGUUGCAGCGAGCUCCACAGUGUCUUGGAAAAUUCAUUGAGAUUGCAGCUCGUAAGAAGCGGAAUUUCAUUUUGGAUCAGACAAAUGUGUCUGCAGCUGCGCAGAGGAGAAAAAUGUGCCUGUUUGCAGGCUUCCAGCGCAAAGCAGUUGUUGUUUGCCCAAAAGAUGAAGACUACAAGCAAAGAACACAAAAGAAGGCAGAGGUGGAGGGAAAAGAUCUUCCAGAGCAUGCAGUUCUCAAAAUGAAAGGGAACUUCACACUGCCAGAGGUAGCAGAAUGUUUUGAUGAAAUAAUCUAUGUAGAGUUGCAAAAAGAAGAAGCUCAGAAACUCUUGGAACAAUAUAAAGAAGAAAGUAAGAAAUCUCUUCCGCCAGAAAAGAAGCAGAACACUGGCUCAAAGAAAAACAAGAAGAGCAAUAAAAAUCAGUUUAAUAGAGGGCAAAGGGGGCGUGGAGGAUUCAACAUGCGUGGCAACUUCAGAGGAGGAGUCCCAGGCAAUCGAGGUGGAUACAACAGGAGGGGAGGCAAUAUGCCACAGCGUGGUGGUGGAGGAGGUGGUGGCGGCGGCGGCAGCAGCGGUGCCAUUGGCUAUCCUUAUCCUCGUGGCCCUGUCUUUCCUAGCAGAGGUGGCUACUCAAACAGAGGAAACUAUAACAGAGGUGGAAUGCCCAACAGGGGAAACUACAACCAGAACUUCAGAGGAAGGGGGAAUAAUCGUGGCUACAAAAACCAAUCUCAGGGCUACAACCAGUGGCAGCAGGGUCAAUUCUGGGGUCAGAAGCCAUGGAGUCAGCAUUAUCACCAAGGAUAUUAUUGAAUACCCAAAUAAAUGAACUGAUACAUAUUUCUCCCAAACCUUCACAAGAAGUCGACUGUUUUCUUUAGUAGGCUAACUUUUUAAACAUUCCACAAGAGGAAGUGCCUGCGGGUUCCUUUUUUAGAAGCUUUGUGGGUUGAUUUUUUUUCUUUUCUUUUUUUGUACAUUUUUAAUUGCAGUUUUAAAGUGAUUCGUAAGAGAACCUCAGCAUUGUGCACGAUAAGAGAAUGUGUCAGUAUUUCAGGGUUCUACAUUUUAUCUGUAAAAUGUGACUUUUUUUUUUUUACCACAACAAAAGUAAAACGUUGCUUUGUACCUGGUGUCUUUUUAUUAAAGAAUUUUCUCCUUUUUCCCCACUUACCCCAAUUUCUAAGAAACAGUCGUGAGUCGUGUCACAAUACGAUCGAAAUAUGAGCAACCAGAUUCGUGUGGAGGCUCCUUCGUAGCCCUCAUGAAUAUAUAAUGUAAAGCUCCAUAUUACACUCCAUCCUCUCUAUAAUGCUUUUGGGUGGGGAGGAGGGAAGGGGGAGGUAAAAGUUUCUGGCAAUAAACUAGGACUUUUUUGUAACAUUUGGAAUUCAAUAAGAUGGGGCUGAAGAAGAAACCUGGAGCUAAAUAGUGAAGGUGGAGUGUAUGUAGAAGCUCUUAAAGUUGUAAAACUUGGUUGCGUUACUUGUGGAGGCUCAAACUUGUGAAGGUACACCACCAUAAUUUCUUUUCCAUUUGUUCUGCAUUUUGAUUCUGAAAAGAAGCUGGCUUUGCCCAUUUCUUAUUAAACAAAACUUGUUGUAAAUCCAGUUGUCUAAUGGGAUCUAUAUGAAGUUAGCUGUGUGUCUGUAUAACUUCCCCACAAAAUACUGUAUACCUAGUGUGCUUGUAGUAGUUACUCCACCAUUUUGUAAGCUAAUGAAACUGUGAGUCACCCAUUUUAUAUCUAAUUUUUAAUCAUGUCAAUUCUCAAAUGGGUGUAUCUCCUUAGCCUGCUGAUUCCUUUUCUCUUUAAAGAAAGUGGGUGGAGAAAUUUAACUCUAGACGUUUGUUUGCAAUAAAAUAAAUUCAUUUUACUCUUGUUUUGGGA